UCCAGGGGGCCAGGUUGAUUCCACCUAUAUCAGGGCGUUCCAGCCGCGCGGACACCGCUUUCCACGUGUUUCCUGCUCGGAUAGGGAAGCCCAGUCUCCAAGCCCUGACUUUUCUUGGUUCCCUGAGCAAGUUAGUCUCCUCAGCAGUUCUCUGGACUGGUGUUGGUCCCCGAAAAUUUCAGACCUUCGACACGUAAAUUAGAGAACUUAUGCACCUUGAAUGAGGGACGGAGGCGAUUACUUUCCUUACUCCCACAGGAGAUCCAUGUCCUUUUCACCAGUUAUGACGCUGUCCCACAUUAAUUUAGUCAAUAAGCAUCAAGCUCUGCUGUGUUCCAGGCAUUGUGUAAAGAGGGAAUUCAAGACAGUAACUCUUUCAAGAGUUUUUCCAGAGUAAAGGAACUUCGAGUAUAUCGACAAGGAAUCUACACUUUUAAUGAGUCAUUCUUACAGCUCUCAACUCAUUCAGCUACCUCCUUCAUGCCUGUUCUCAACGCGGUCCCGCCUCGGCACUAGGUCUCACUGAUUGGUUGGUGCUGAGUGACGCCCUCAGAUCGCGACCCAGAGGCCGCGGCCGCUGGGUCAUGUGGCUGGGAGGCCGGUCGUGGCUACCGGUUCUUGGGCAAGUGUGCUCUAGUCUCCGGUGCCUCGCAUUUGCCAGGACUUGGGGUGCCUGUAGGGGACCCAUGGCGGAAAGACUCUCGACCGGGGCUGAGGCAGCGAGCGGGCUGGGGGCUCCAGCUCAGCAAAACGGAGAUGCGGGCGGCGACGCGAGGGGUGAGCAGCCCCCUGGGCACCCGGAGCCGGCGGGUUCAGAAGUGGAGCCGGUCUCGGGGGACGCGAAGCAGCCCUCAGGAAACGGGGAGCGGGCCCCGGCUGCAGCCCCGGGCCCUGGCAAGCGGAAGAAGCGGCGUGGCGCGGUUGGAGAGCGCGUUGUGCCGCCCCCGAAGAAGCGGCGGGCAGGGGUUAGCUUCGGCGACGAACACUUUGCUGAGACCAGCUACUACUUUGAAGGCGGCUUGCGCAAAGUGCGGCCCUAUUACUUUGACUUCCGGACUUAUUGCAAAGGCCGCUGGGUGGGCCACAGCUUGCUGCACGUCUUUGGCACGGAGUUCAGAGCCCAGCCCCUGGCCUACUACGAGGCCGCUGUCCGGGCGGGACGCCUGCACCUCAACGAGGAGCCGGUACAGGACCUCAGCAUUGUGCUCAAGGACAAUGACUUCUUACGGAACACAGUGCAUAGGCAUGAGCCACCAGUUACAGCAGAACCCAUCCGCCUGCUAGCGGAGAACGAAGAUGUGGUGGUUGUAGACAAGCCUUCUUCCAUUCCUGUCCAUCCCUGUGGCCGCUUCCGACACAACACUGUCAUCUUCAUCCUGGGCAAGGAGCACCAACUAAAGGAGCUACACCCAUUGCAUCGGCUUGAUCGCCUUACCUCCGGGGUCCUCAUGUUUGCCAAAACAGCAGCCGUCUCAGAGAGAAUUCAUGAACAGGUUCGGGACCGGCAGCUGGAGAAGGAAUACGUGUGCCGGGUGGCAGGGGAGUUCCCCGCCGAGGAGGUAACCUGCAAGGAGCCUAUCUUGGUGGUGUCUUACAAGGUAGGGGUGUGCCGUGUAGAUCCUCAGGGCAAGGCCUGUGAGUCAGUGUUCCAGAGACUGAGCUACAACGGCCAUUCCAGUGUGGUACGGUGCCGGCCACUUACAGGCCGCACCCACCAGAUCCGAGUCCACCUCCAGUUCCUGGGCCACCCCAUCCUCAAUGACCCCAUCUACAACUCAGCCGCCUGGGGCCCCUCACGAGGCCGAGGCGGCCACAUCCCAAAGACAGAUGAGGAACUACUGCGGGACCUUGUGGCAGAGCACCAGGCCAAACAGAGUCUGGAUGUGCUAGAUCUCUGUGGGGGAGACCUGUGCCCUGGACCCCCAGACUCUACAGCACCUUCCUCAGAGCUCAGCAAGGACUGCCUAGAAGAGAUGGCUAUAUCUGCCCAGAAGAUGGAUGGAGCCGUUGAGGCAGCCCCUCGGGAUCUGGACGGGGUGCCUGUGGCAUCAGGGAAGGCAACCAAAACGGGUGUUGUGAAUCAAGAGACAGACCCACUCUGUUCAGAGUGCCGGAGAGUGCCACAGGAUCCCUCGCCCCAGGACCUUGUGAUGUUCCUGCAUGCCCUGAGCUAUAAAGGGCCAGACUUUGAGUACCAUUCACCAAUGCCUGCCUGGGCACGAGAUGACUGGCAAGAACACUGAGGGCUAUGGCCAAUGGAGGGAUUAUUUAUUGGAUUGGAACACGAGUGGGCCAUGAAGUAGGAGCUGACUACAUGGGCUGGUACUCAAGAGUUUCCCGGGGGUGAAGUUGCUCUUAAAGGACCUGCUCAUACUUGCUAACUUCUUCCUUCCUUUCCCUCCAGCUAGAGUUUGUGAACUUUCUGCUUUGUAAAUAGAGCUCUUUUUCUAAUACCUUGUGUGUCUAGUUUUCUCACUACUUGUUUCUUUUUUUCUUUUUUUUAAUUGAAGUAAAAUUCACAGCACAGUUCCCAUUCUAAAACACAAUUUAGUGGCCUUUCUUACAUUCACAGUGAUGUGCGGCCCUCACCUCUUAAUUAGUUCCAAAACAUUUCAUCACUCAAAAGGAAACCCAUACUCAUUAAACAGGCAAUCCCCAUUUCCUCUUCCACCUAGCUCCUGAUUCCAUUAGCCAAUCUUCUGUCUUUAGGGUUUUGCCUAUUCUGGACAUUUCAUACAAAUGGAAUCAUACAACAGGUGA